CGCGCUAUUCGUCGCGUGAAAUCAUUUUCCUUCUCCUCCUUUGGAGAACACGCAGGCCGCUCGUCUUCUCUAUUGGUUCUCUCUCCCAACCCCAGACCCAUGAAAAAUCAACGCCAUGACUGAUCAGUUCCGGCUGGAGAACCUCUCCAGAACCUCGCAGAUCUUCCGCGAGACAACUUCUUCCUUCACCUCCAAGCUCCCCACAUUCCUCUUCCUGGCGCUCCUCCUCUUCUCAUUCCGCACCACCGUCGAGGAUGGCACCCGCCAUCUCACCUCCUUCAUCGAUCGAGACGCUUCCCUCAAGGCGCUCCUAUCCCGCCUCGACCUCGUCGGCACCCAAGCCUCCCGUCGCCAUGGCCUUUCCUCCCCUGAUGAAUCCCCCGCUGCUCUUCGCCGCCGCCGCCGUCGCCCCUUCCUUCACCUCACCCGCAUCGGCACCCUUGACGAGGACUUCUUCUCCGGCAAUGAAGAAGAGGAUCGGUCCGCCUUAGGCUUCAACCGCAAGCCACCAGUCAAUGGUACCCUUGUCUUUUUCAACAAUUUCAGCCCCAGAUUAGGGUCUUCGAGUCCCGUAAUUGACAACGGGAUCAACAUCCCCGAGAUCGUCCGCACCGGAAUUAGUUUCCGAGCUGAGAGCUUGUAUCUUUCCUCCGACGAUGACAAACGCGACGACCACAAAGAUGAGCAAGAAGAAAGCUUGGAGGAAGUUCAAGACUUGGACAGAAUCGUGGAUUUCCAUUUCCUUAUCAAAGGACUAGAGCUUGGUCGGCGCGACGCCGCAACGCUGCUCUUCCUUGUGAGUUUUCUAUCCGCCGCCUAUGGUUGGGUGAUUCUAGGGUUUCUCGUUUCGUAUUCAUUGGUAUUAGGCAUUGUUUUUAUUACUGUUGCGAAUGAUCUGUUAGGGAGGUUCAGUUCAUUUCUCGGUACAAUGUGGGAGGGUUCGAGAUUGGGCCUCAAGAGGCUUUCAGGGUUUAUUUUGAUGAGAUGGGCGGUGAGAGAUGCACUAACUCAACUCUUAGGGUUGUGGUAUUUCGGCGAAAUCGAAGAUCAGUACUCAUUUUUUAAGCUUUUUGUGAGGUUGAAAUUGAUGCCAUUUUCGAUUAUGUCUCCAUGGAUUAGUGGUUAUGAGAAGGAGAUUUCGGGGUUUUUGUUUACGUGGUUUUUGGCCGAUACGAUUGUGGCUUUUAUUUUUUCUGUGGAUGCUUGGGUUGCCAUAGUAGACUCAAGGAGGACCGGGAGGGAGAUAAUGAAGGAAGGUUGUUAUCUGAUAUCGACAAUGUUGAACCAGGCUAUCCAGAUUAAGUGUUUGGAAGCUAUCUUUUGUGGCUCAUUUGUAAGAUGGGUUCUUGCUCGAGUCUGUGGGAGGUUCUUUGCAAUGGUGAUUCAGUCAGCUGUGGAGGUUUAUUUCAUGGUGGCUUGGCUCAUAUUUUACUUUGCUGUAAGGUGUAAGGAUUCUAGCUUGCAGGGUAGGAGGUUUGGGAGGAGAGAAUUGGAGGGUUUGGUUGACGGCUUAAGAUGAUUCUCAGUGGUAAUCAGGAAUUACUUGUGUUGUUAUAUUACAGAGCUUUUGUAUCUUUGAUCAUUUUCUAUUUAACUUCUUCAAAUGAGUCAAGACAGCCUCCGUGUACAACUUAAGUAAGCCUUUUUCGAGUCCUUCUGUUUGAUGUUUCCAGCACCCUUUGAUAAAUCCACAGCCCACGGAUACUUCUAAGCCCAGCCUGAAACGUUGGUUUACCCCUUAAAUAAAGCAGUUGACCGUCUCCCUCAAGUCUAGUAUCUCCCUUUUGAGGCUAUUGCUAUCUAAGGUGAUUUGCUCUGCCAUGACCACUGAGUAGAGCUCCCCCUCCCUUGUUGCGCAAGUAUUGUUGGUUGGUAGUGUGUCUGACCAACGUGUCGGGCAUGCCUCUACAAUGGUAACACCAUGCCUUUGUGCAUUUUCCAGAUUGCCCUUUGUGCCCUUCGACGACUGCCCAUCUCUUCUUGGUGCUUCCUCUGUCCUACAAUGGACUCCUCUAAUGGGAGAGCCAGCACAUGGAGUCAAGACAGCCUCCGUGUACGACUUAAGUAAGCCUUUUUCCUAGUCCUUCUGUUGGAUGUUUCCAGCCCCUUUCGAUAAAUUCUUCCCCGAUUUCCCCACGCUUUCAUGCACCUCAUGGAGCUCCAGAGCCAUUUUUCUCCAACCCUUCCCUUCCACUUCUUCAGGGAUUAUGAUGUGGCUUCUUCUUCCACCCCCUCUAUAUUCCACUAGAGUCAGGAAUCUUCCAUAAGCAUUAGAACAUUUUUGUGCGACAAAAGCGCUGCUGCUUACAGGGGAGAUUUUGUAAAAUUCCUUUUUCCCAUUUGAGCAAGCACACUCCUACGUCGUCUGCACAAGCCAUUUCAUUGCCAAGAAAAACAAGCUCUUUCACCACCUUUCUAUCUCGCUCUACAACACGCACCGAUCGACUACCUUCCACUGAGAGCUCAAAAACCUUAGUUUCAAUAAGGACCAGUUUUGUGUAAAUCAUCAUUAAUGUUAAUGGAAAAUACUGAAGAAGAUGAUGUUCAACGAGAUACCUUCAUUGUAAAUCACAGAAAAUGAAGAUACACAAACCCAAUCUGUUUGGGUAACACAGAUCUCAAGACACAUUAUUACCUGUUAUCUUUUUUAGCAUUAGGCAAUUGCAAUUUUAGUACUUUCAAGUCUGUAGGAAACAUUUUUGGAUUAAUUCCCGAGAUACCCAUUUAUCAAAAUAAUUAAAUAAAUAAACUCCCUGGAUAGCUGGAGUAGAGAUAAAUUAUACUGAGAUGAGGUAUGUAGGAGACUUGAGUGGUAGAGAAGUUAUAAGCUUUGAGUUCCAGAGUUUCAAUUAUGCUUUUCUCUUAAAACUGUGUAUGAUAUUUUGGAAAAUAUCUUUUAGAAGUUUUGGAGUAAAUUCCACCACACAGGAGACAAAAAAGUUACAAAAGUUACUUUGUGUAGCUUUAGAAUCAAGAAUAUCUUGUGUGAAGGGACUUAUAGAAAAAAAAAAUUAUCUUGUGGACGAGUAUCAUUCCUUGACAAUUCUGUAUCAGAUCCAAUAUUUAUUGUUUAGACCAACCGAAAUCUGAUGGUUGCCUACCUAAGGUGUAACUAUUAAGGUAGGAAUGUUUUAUAUGUGCUAAGAGUUGCUAAUGGAGUUAUGAAUGACUACAGUAAACUUGUUCAAGAAGCUUGGUACCGAAUACUUAAAUGAAAACAAAUAGAAGAUCUUAUAGAGGUUUGUAGGAUCAUGUGUUAUCAGGGAAAGAUCAUGGUGCUAGGUUGGGACAAUGACUUAAGGUUGUUUGGUUUUAACCAUUUUUCCAAUUUCUAUUUUUGGUGGAUCUUUUAUCAUGUUGGGGAGGAAAUUUUGCUACCCUAAGAAGGAUAUUUUUUGGAAGUUGAUCCCGCAUGCUUAAUGUGGUGCUCAUGGAGAUAAAUGAACGAUCGGAACUUUGAGAAUUGUGAGAAGACAGUGCCAGAAGUGGUCUUUGUUUUAGAACAUUAUUCCAAUGGAUGGCUGCUCGACUUUGUUUUUUGAUAGCUUUAGGGAUUUUCUUUAAUGUUCUCUUUUUCAAAUUAGAUGUUUAUCUUGUAUACUCCUUUAUGGUUCUCUUUUUCGAAUUAGGUGGAUACAUUGAUAAUGCUCUUUA